CGGCGGUGGCGGAUCGGGGGGCGGACGGCUUCCUGCUGGAGCUGAAGCCGCUCGGAUGUUUCCAGUCGCCAAGAAGCCCCGGGCCGCUCUGCUGUGACGAGCCUCGGCCAACAUGGAGCCCGUCGUCCUGCUGCUGCUGCUCUUCACUCUCUUACCGGGAGAGGCGGCCGCCGCCGCGCCGCCCGCCGCCGUGCCGGAGCGGGAGCACGCCUCCCUCAGCUCGAUGCUGCAGGACUUCGACGUGCUGCCCCUGUCCAGCCUGCAGGCUCACUCUGUCCGCCGCCGGGACGUCCAGACGCAGAGCCACGUGGAGCGGCUGCUCAGCUUCAGCGCCCUGCAGAGGCACUUCAGACUGUACCUGCGCACCAACACCGAGCUCUUCACCGACGACUUCCAGGCCGUCGUGGUGGAAGAGGACGGCCGAGAGCGGAGCUACCAGGUCAACAGACACAACUACUUCACCGGACACGUCAUCGGUGAGGAAAACUCGCGUGUUCAGGCUCAUAUCGACGACAACGAGUUCUCGGCUCACAUCCUGACCGACGAGGCCGAGUAUAAUGUCGAGCCUCUGUGGCGGUUCACCAUGUCGCCCCCUGAUGGCCGCCUGCUGGUCUACAGGUCGGAGGACAUCAGGAACCUGAGCCGACUCCACCAGCCGUCAGUCUGCGGCUACGUGACCUCCGACCCCAAACACCUCCUCCCCGACAGCGUGAGGGCGGCCAUGUUGGAGGAGCAGGAGGACGAGGAGCCUGCGGUUAGAGGGAAGCGUCAGGUUCUCGACCACAGGAGGAACACCUGUCCUCUGCUGCUGGUGGCCGAUCAUCGCUUCUUCAAGCACAUGGGCCGCGAGGAGGAGAGCACCACGCUCAACUACCUGAUCGAACUGAUCGACCGCGUGGACGACAUCUACAGAAACACAUCGUGGGACGACGAGUUCAAAGGUUACGGCGUCCAGAUCCAGCAGAUCAUCAUAGAGAAGAGCCCGACGCCGGUGGCUCCAGGAGGAAGUCACUUCAACAUGAGAGGAAGCCCGGUGGAGGGCAAGGACGUGUGGGACGUCAAGAGGCUGCUGGAGCAGUUCAGCGUGGACAUCGCAGAGAAAGCGUCUCAGGUGUGCCUGGCUCACCUCUUCACCUACCAGGACUUUGACGAAGGCACGCUGGGCCUGGCCUACGUCGCCCCCUCUAGGCAGGGCAUCCCCGGGGGUCUCUGCUCGGAGAAGUGCCCCCCGUCUUCAGCUGAACACAGACCCAUCUACCUCAACACGGGCCUGACCAGCACCAAGAACUACGGGAAAACCAUCCUGACCAAGGAAGCCGACCUGGUGACGACGCACGAGCUCGGUCACAACUUCGGCGCCGAACACGACCCCGACAACAACCCGUGCGCCCCGAGAGAGGACCAGGGGGGCAAAUACGUCAUGUACCCCAUCGCCGUGAGCGGAGACCACGUCAACAACAAGCUUUUCUCCAACUGCAGCAAGCGGUCCAUCGUGAAGCGCCUGAGGUCCAAGGCGGCGUCCUGCUUCAAGGAGAGGAACAGCAACGUGUGCGGGAACUCGCGGGUGGAGCAGGGCGAGGAGUGCGACCCGGGACUCCUGCACAUCAACACGGACCGCUGCUGCACCGCCGACUGCCGGCUGAAGCCCAACACCCAGUGCAGUGACCGGAACAGCGCGUGCUGUAGAGACUGCCAGUUCGAGUCCAAAGGGGAAGUCUGCCAGGAGCCGAUCGACGCCACCUGCAAGGGAAAGUCCUACUGCACAGGAAACAGCAGCGAGUGUCCGCCGCCGGAAAACGCUCCGGACCAAACGGUGUGUCUGGACAGCGGCGAGUGUCAGAGCGGAGUGUGUAUUCCCUUCUGCGAGGCCGUCCUGAACCUGCAGUCCUGCGCCUGCAACGAAACCCACUCGACCUGUAAGGUGUGCUGUCGGAGCCACAGCGGCGUUUGCUCCCCCCAUCAGGACAAAACCGGAAACUUCCUGUUCCUCCGCAAGGGCAAGCCGUGCACCGUGGGCUUCUGCGACGGAGCGGGGAAGUGCAUGAAGCAGGUGCAGGACGUGAUCGAGCGGCUGUGGGACUUCAUCGACAAACUGGACAUCAACACGUUUGGGAAAUUUCUGGCCGACAACAUCGUGGGCUCGGUGGUGGUGUUCUCGCUGCUGUUCUGGGUUCCUCUCAGCAUCCUGGUGCACUGUGUGGACAAGAAGCUGGACCAGCAGUAUGAACAGACCACCAAGUCUCUGUUCUUCCCCAGUAAUGCCGAGCUGCUCAGCAGCCUGGAGUCAGCCUCGGUUCGUAUCUUCAAACCGCCCAACUUCUCCACCGCCGCGCUGCGUUUUCAUCCCUCCGGCCCCCAGCAGACCAGCACCCCUCCUGUCUCUGGCCCCGCCCCCACCUCAAACCCAGGCCCCACCCCCAUCCCUGCCCCUGGCCCCGCCCCCUUGCCGGCGCUGGACAGCCCCCGCAUGGCCACCAUCCAGGAGGACCCGAGCUUCGACUCCCCCCUGGAUGAGGAGGCGCUGGACGAGGGCUUUGCCCGGGCGGGGGGGCGGGCGCCGCGCUCCUUUGAGGACCUGACGGAUCCGGGCGGGGCGGCUCGCAGCGACAAGGCUCUGCUGUACAGACUGCAGCGGCAGCACCGCAUCAACGGCAAGGAGACCGAGUGCUGAGAGGCCGGGGAUCGAACCUGUGAAGGGUCGGGAGCGAGAGAGAGAGGGACUGCUGGAUUGGGCUUAGAGCUGAAAUGUUUUUAAAUCUGUGUUUAACCCGGAGGGAGAACGCCAGCUUUCCUUUUGCCCCCCUCCACAGGAAGGUCAGAGGUCACGGAGCUGGUUGGGUUGUCGAAUCCAAAAACACCAAGUUACUCAAUACCAAAGAUUUCUCAGACAGAACUGAAGCAAAGAAGCAUCUUCAUCAACAGAAAUUCUACAAAUAUUGUGAUUUCAGUAUUGUGAUUCAAAAUUACAAUUUAUUGCGAUUUUUGUAUUUUGAAUUCAGGCUACAGGAUCAGUGCAGCACAAUGAAUUUAAUAUUUUCCUGCCUAUGCCAACCAGCUCAGACCCUGCCGCUCUGUGGAGGCGGCGCUUUCUCUUGAAAUACAUCCUGUUUUCUCCGGCCAGUGAAACAUCAGCUGGCAGGCAGACUCGACUCUUUUUUAGCUUGGACUUGUACUUUGAAAGUUUACAUCCAUCGUGUCAAAAUAACACACAAAAACAUGCAGUGAGCCCAAGGAUCAAACCAGCGGGCCUCCAGUUACAGGACGGUCACUCAAACCUCCAAGACAACCUGCAGCCAAACCGUGACACCUGGUAUCACCUGUUACUGCAAACAGCAGAUAUUCUACGGAGUCCCUGAAGGGUCAUGGCAAGAUUUUCUUUUUCGUUUCCUCACAAUAACUUUUGUGUUAUCUUGCAAUAUGUUUUAGGUUCCCUCGCAAUACUUUUGUGUUACCUUGUAGUACUUCCCUUCUUCCGUUCCUUUUGAGCUGUUUGUCCAUUUCCGCUCAGCUGCUCCUGUUAUUCCCGUUGAAAACCCAUGUAAGUUUUGCGAGGUAAACCAAAAAAAAAAAAAAAAAACACACACACAAAAAAAGGGGCUAUUUCAAAA